UUAAACCAUCGACGCACUGAGAUCAUCAACAUAGCAGCUGCGCGAUAGAAGCAGGUAGAGACACGAUUAUGGAUACGGUUACGGAGCUGAUGGAAAGCAUUAAGAAGAAAGAGCCGAUGGGAAGCAUUAAGAAGAAAGAACUGUUUACAUAUGCCAUGAAAGGCAGAUGGGAAGGAGUGAUGAAGAUUUACGAGGAGGAUCCAAGGGCACACAGCGCCAGAAUAACAAGGUCAGGAGACACGGCGUUGCACAUAGCAGUAUCGGAAGGGAAGGUCAAGGAGGUGAGAGAAAUGGUGAAGUCUGUUAUAUCCUAUCAGUACGAACAUGCUAUAGAGGCCCUGCAAACUUGUAACGAUCGGGGGAACACUGCUCUGCAUUUAGCGGCUGCCAUGGGGGAUGCCAGAAUAUGUGACCUUAUCGCAAGUGCACAUCCUUCAUUCAGUUCAUUGGUGGAUUGUCGUAACCGCGACGGCGAGACACCCCUCUUCCUGGCCUCUCUCUAUGGCAAGAAACAAGCUUUUCUUUGCCUUCAUUAUAUUUAUAUCCGUAACCCUCCCGACGGUCACCCUCCACUCUACUAUGCCAACUGUAGAAGGAAGGACGGCGGCACUAUUCUUCACUGCGCAAUCAAUGGAGACUAUUUUGAUUUAGCAUUCCAAAUCAUACACUUGUAUGGAGAUCUAGUGACCUCGGUGAACGAGGACGGCUUGUCCCCGCUGCAUCUGCUAGCAGCAAAACCUUCUGCCUUCAGAACUGGUAGCCGCCUCGGACGAGUCGAAAAAAUCAUCUAUCACUGUAUAUACGUUGAUAAGCUUAAGGUGGCAGAACCGAGGCAAUACCAUACUGCAGUCGAGGAUGAUGACCAAGCAAUUCGUCAAUACUUUCCAGACAAUUACCACGUAUUGUGGGACACUUUCAACGUCAUCAAAUCUAUGGUCACUUCUGCUGUAGGAAAAGGAGAACCUGAUCAUCAAGCAAACGGCAAGGAUGUCGAAAAUGCUAAAAAUCAUCACGCUGUCGCUAGAGCUGGAGGACGGGAAGAAGUCAGGGAUCAUGAAAGUGGAUUAUUUCCUGCUAACUACAGAACCUGCUGUAAUUUGAUAAAAUUCUUUUAUCUGGCGCUGCUGGUAAUUCUUGGACAAGGAUCGAGCAAGUUAAACAAGAUACGUCGAAAGAAGGAGAAGCACACUUGGUCUGUCCAAAUAAUGAACGCACUUCUUGAUCGUGUUUCCGAUUAUGAGUACGAAGACAACGGGUCGGAACCCGAUAUGCCAGAGGAACUGUCAAACUUUGUGUCUAAGCUAUCAUUCAACAAGGGCAUGGAUGUGGGAGUGGAAGCUUCUAAAAAAAGAAAAAAGGAGACACCCAUACUCAUUGCUACAAAGAAUGGUGUGACAGAAAUGGUAAAGGAAAUUCUAAGACUAUCUCCGGUGGCUAUCUACGAUGAGAAUGAAGAGAAGAAGAACAUAGUGUUGUUAGCAGUAGAGAAGAGGCAACCCCACGUGUACAAGUUGCUGCUGGAGAAGAAUUUCUUUAAGGAAAGUCUAUUCCGGCAGGUGGAUAAUGAGGGAAAUAGUGCGUUGCACUUGGCAGCCAAACGUGGACCUCACGAGCCAUGGCGCGUUUCCGGUGCUGCUCUCCAAAUGCAGUGGGAAAUCAAGUGGUUUGAGUUUGUGAAAAAUUCGAUGCCGCCUCAUUUUUUUGCCCACUACAACAAGAGUUACAAAACGCCGAAAGAGAUAUUCACCGAAACUCACAGUGACUUGGCGCAAAGCGGGGGAGAGUGGCUGACAAAGACCUCAGAGUCGUGCUCGGUGGUGGCGACACUGGUUGCCACGGUGGCCUUUGCCUCGUCGACGGCCGUGCCCGGUGGUGUGGAGGAGGCUAGCGGCCGCCCAGUUUUGAGAGAAGAGAGAGCGUUCGACUUGUUCACCAUCUCAUCACUAGUUGCCCUCUGCUUUUCCAUUAUCGCCACCAUCAUGUUCCUAUCGAUUCUCACUUCUCGCUAUCAGGAAUUCGAUUUCAACAGGGACCUGCCGAGGAAGCUUAUUCUGGGCAUGUCCUCAUUGUUCAUGUCCAUUGCAUCCAUGUUGGUGUCGUUCUGUGCCGGCCAUUUCUUCGUGCUCAAGGAUCAGUUCCGAAGCGCUGCGCUUCCUAUAUAUCUUCUGACUUCAUUCCCUGUGACACUCUUCGCUCUGGCCCAAUUCCCUCUUUACUUCGAUCUCUUGAAGACUACGUUAAAGAAGGUUCCGCAGCGAAGCUACAAGGCCACCCCAGUAAUGGAGCACAAUUCAGAGACGAAGAGCAAGAAUGGGGACGAAAAGAAUGUUGAAAAGGGCCAAGGAUCCCCUCCCUAAAAACCCUGUGAAAUGACUUUAACUUGAGAUAAUAAAGAGUAAGAGAUCAUGGAGAAGUGAUCUCUCAUUGUACAGUUCGCAAAGUCUCAUUUAGAUACCCGUCUUCACUUUAGUCAGAGAAAGAAAACAAGAGGAGGUUAUGGAAGGGCGGGACUGGCCGCCGAAUUCGAAGCUUCAGUGAUCUGUUGCAUUUCUUUUUUUCUUUUUUGCUUUGUCCUUUCUUUAUUUCAGUUAAACUAUAUUUCAAGAAAUACU